AUGAUGUGGGGUGCAGGCAGCCCCCUGGCCUGGCUCUCUGCUGGCCCAGGAAACAUGAACAUGAGCAGCGUGGGCUCAACAGAGGGGCCCACAGGCCCAGCCACGCCACUGCCCUCACCUAGGGCCUGGGAUGUAGUGCUGUGCAUCUCAGGUACCCUUGUGUCCUGUGAGAAUGCGCUGGUGGUGGCCAUCAUCGUGGGCACUCCCGCCUUCCGCGCCCCCAUGUUCCUGCUGGUGGGCAGCCUGGCUGUGGCAGACCUGCUGGCAGGCCUGGGUCUGGUCAUGCACUUUGCUGCUGUCUUCUGCAUUGGCUCGGCAGAGAUGAGCCUGGUGCUGGUCGGCAUGCUGGCCAUGGCCUUUACUGCCAGCAUUGGCAGCCUACUGGCCAUCACCGUUGAUCGCUACCUUUCUCUGUACAAUGCGCUCACCUACUACUCAGAGACGACAGUGACGCGGACCUAUGUGAUGCUGGCCCUAGUGUGGGGAUGCGCAUUGGGCCUGGGGCUGCUGCCUGUGCUGGCCUGGAACUGCCUGAAUGCCCGGGCCAUGUGUGGCGUGGUAUAUCCAUUCUCCAAGAACCAUCUGGUGGUCCUGGCCGUUGCUUUCUUCAUGGUGUUUGGCAUCAUGCUGCAGCUCUAUGCCCAGAUCUGUCGCAUCGUCUGCCGUCAUGCCCAGCAGAUUGCCCUCCAGCGGCACCUGCUGCCUGCCUCCCACUACGUGGCCACCCGAAAGGGCAUUGCCACCUUGGCCGUGGUGCUUGGCGCCUUUGCCGCCUGCUGGCUGCCCUUCACCGUCUACUGCCUGUUGGGCGAUGCCCACUCCCCACCCCUCUACACCUAUCUCACUCUGCUCCCUGCCACGUACAACUCCAUGAUCAACCCCAUCAUCUAUGCCUUCCGCAACCAGGAUGUGCAGAAGGUGCUGUGGGCUGUCUGCUGCUGCUGUUCCUCUUCCAAGAUCCCCUUCCGAUCCCGUUCCCCCAGUGACGUCUAGUCGCAUCCUGGUGACCCUUCAGCCCUGAUCACUACAGAAGUCCAGAAUGUUAGGUCCUCCAGGGCUUUGUUCCAACCCUCCAGCUCCGCACCCCAAGACCCAGCUGGUUCUGGAGUUCUAAGACUUUGGGUGUUUCACAGGAUUCUGUUCAGAUACCUGCAGGGCCCAGCUGGCUCCAUGGUUCUAGAAUGUUCAGGUGGUCAGGGUUCCACUCAGAAAUGUCCCACAGCCCAGCUGGCUUGGAGUUCCAGGAUGCUGCUGGGUGUUUUCCAGUGCCAUUCCAAGUCCCUGAUCUUCCCCUCCCUUGACUUUGACCAUGUCGCUUUACUUCUGAGUUUCUGAACUAGAGUCAGAGAGGUUAGUUACCCCGUUGAUAGAUAAGAGAAAGAUUUAUCUGUAUAUAUGUGCACAUACAAAGAGAGUAUCUAUUAUUUAUUUAUUUAUUUAUGAAUUUAUUUAUGGGUGUUAGGGGAAAAAAAGAGACCCACACCUUGAAAUCCAGGCCAUACCAGGGUACUCCCAGUCCCCAACACCCUCAUUUCUGACCUCAGUUCCUAGACGGGGGAAAGGGAGAGAGAGAAACCACGUAUUUUGUUAUUAUUUUUGCUUGUUUUUUUAUCAAAGAGAUCAUAGAAACCAGAGCCUUCUCCCAGGGCCCGCCACCCUCGGGUUUGCAGGGGGAACACACCAGCCUCUGGUUUUUUAUUUUUUUAAGAAACCAUCACCUGAGAAACCGAGAAUUCCUCUGCGCUGGGGGCCGGCUGCCCUCUGGUGGCCGUUUUGGGGAAACUGCAGCCCGGCCGGCAGCCGGGUCCAGGCCAAGCAACCCCAACUCCACUCCAGCCUGGUGUCCAGCGCCACAGCCAGAGCCUGGCGGCCAGGCCUCACCCUGCGGUGCCCUAGAGGAGGCAGGGUGCGAGCCAACACCAGACCCCUCUGCCAACUGGGGUAUGGUCCCCAGUGCAAUCCCUAUUCCUGUCCCUGACCCCUCAAUAAAAAUGAUUUUGUGAUAAAUGUGUGUGUGUGUGUGUGUGUGUGUGUGUGUGUGUGGAGGGGGUGGAGUCGGGCCUGAUGGGGGACAGCCUGGAAUGGAGGAUUAUGCCAGGCCCGGGGGCCUGUGGGGUAUAUGAGGAGAUGGAGACCCAGGUGGAAUGUGGCCGGAAGGUGACACCUCCCACCCCAGGAUGCC